UAGAGAAAAGAAACACUCCUGAUUUCACCCAUAUAAUUAAUAUGUUUAAACUUCACAGUGAUUGAACUACUUAUAAAAAUAGAAUAAAAUAGAAUACUCAGACCUCAAAACUAGGGCAGCACAAUCAUAUUUGUAAAAAUACAGAAAGACAGAAAGAAAAGCCCUCCUGCGAUCUGGAAUGAGACCCCAGUCUGUGAACUGUUAAAAGAGAGAUUUUUUCCUAUGUCUGUCUUGGAGGUACUGAACUCUCUCUCAGGAUGAGGACUCUACUCCAAUAUGUGGCGUUUGUGUUUGCUUUAGUCUCGGCUGGAUUUCUGAUUGUAGCCACUUGGACAGACUGUUGGAUGGUGAAUGCCGAUGACUCUUUAGAGGUGAGUUCAAAAUGUCGUGGUCUGUGGUGGGAAUGUGUCACCAAUGCUUUUGAUGGAAUCCGAACAUGUGAUGAAUAUGAUUCAAUCAUGGCGGAACAUCCAUGUAAGCUAAUGACUACCAGGGUCUUUAUAAGCCUAGCUACAUUUUUGGCUGGUUUUGGGUUCAUAUUUCUUCUUCUUGGCCUGCAAUGUAUAAAGUUCUUAAAGGACGAACCAGCCAUCAAGCACAAGAUCUGUUUUGUUGCAGGAGUUACACUUUUAAUAGGAGGUCUGCCAGGCAUGAUUGGCUCAGUGUGGUAUGCCAUUGAUGUUUAUGUGGAGCGUUCCACCCUGGUGUUUAACAAUGUGUUCCUUGGGAUUCAGUAUCAGUUUGGCUGGUCCUGUUGGCUUGGAAUGAUGGGAUCAAUGGGAUGCUUCCUCGGUGGAUCUUUGCUCACAUGCUGCCUGUAUAUAUUCAAAGAUAUGGAUUCAAGAAGAAAUCAGUCUUUGUAUCACUCAUCCAGAACUGCUAAGCUGUAUCCUCAUCCUGGUCCUGGUUCCACAAAAUCAUGGCAGCCAUGUAGAACAACAACAUCAGAAAUGUAUGCAAUGCAUACAAGGGUGUAGAAAGACAAACAGAUGAAUUAUAUCAUUUUUAAGUAAAAAAUAUGCUUCAUACACAAUAAAAUCUAAAUUCAACAAAUAGCAACCUACAACACCUCAGGACAUAAUAUUUAACAUGAUAAAACCAAACUCCACUAAAAAAUAAACCACAUGGUUGGCCAUUUUUGAUACUGUUUCCUUGCUGGUUGGUUCGUUUCAUCACUGGAUUUUGGCUUUGUCGUCGUUUUUCCACCUGAACAUUUCUUGGUAAAAUUUAACAUGUCACAGUGCCAUGUGCAAGCUUUGUUCAUAUUACAUUUUUCCUAAAAGAUAAUGUGGUAUUAUUUUAGUAUAUAUGACAGACACUUUGCAAUGUAAUGGUCCACAUCUCCACAUCAUAUGAUGACAUUGGCUGACUUAAUUACUCACUAUGUCUUUAACAUUGCUAAAUCAUUUGCCUAUUUCAAUCAAGUUGAAAGUGCCAUAAUUAAUGCCAUAAUUCAAAUGAAGAAUGUAUUCUAUUUGAAAAGGCAGUGAUUCAUAUUUACAUUAAAUGUAUCAGAAAGGUGCAACAGGUGAAAAACGCAAGUAAAUAGUAUGCAUUCUUAUAUGUUACAAAGUAGUUUAUUUUCAGUUGUACUCUAUUUACCAUAGAAUGUGGUUAACAUUUUGUUACAGAAAAAUAUGUGUGUAAAAACAGUAUUUAACUUUGCUUUUGUCUGAAGACAGCUUUCUUCAUAAUUGCUCUUGUACAUCAAGUUGCCAGUUAUUUGCAUUAACUUUUGAAUCUACUUUAAAGCUGGAUAUUUAAAUACAUAUACAGUCCUUUCCUUGCAAUCUCU